CUCUCCUGUUUAUCACCGGUCUCUCGCUCUUUACUCUCCGACAAUUUUGAAAACAUCGCUUCUUUUUACAGAUUUUUCUCUCUCUUAUUUUGUUCUUGAGAAAAAAACCCAUUUUUGAUUAUUCAGUUCCGGAGAUGAAGCCAUCGAGUUGGUUCCCAGUGAAAUAUACAGAGCAAAGAACUGUAACUAAAAAGCUAGUAGAGCCAUCCAGCAAGUGGUUUCCGAUGCAGUCCAAAGCAAAAGCCCCUAAAAUUGUCAGGAUUUGUGUCACCGAUGAGGACGCCACGGAUUCUUCCAGCGACGAAUGUGAACGGUCGAGGCAUCGUAGGGCGAAAAGGCAUAUAAACGAAAUCAGGAUCGAAGAUUGUUCCACUGUCAAUUCCUCCAAGCCGGCAAACAAGCAAAACAGACAAAUAGUUAAUAAAAGCAACCAAGUAAAUAUGAGAUCGAAGAAGAACAAACAAAAGCUGCAAUCUUUGUCAAACGGCGUCGUUAAGUAUCGUGGCGUUCGACAACGGCCGUGGGGAAGAUGGGCGGCUGAGAUCAGAGACCCCACGAGUCGAACCAGGGUCUGGCUCGGCACUUAUGACACUGCUGAGGAAGCUGCUUUGGAGUACGACCGAGCCGCGGUUCGAAUCAAAGGACCCGAUGCUCUCACAAACUUUGGGAAACCUCCGGUGAGACCUUCUCCACCGGAGAUUGGUCUUGAAAUGAUUUCCAGGUAUGAUUCGGCUCAAGACUUUCAGUCUCCCUGUUCACCUACAUCAGUUCUAAGAUUCCAGUCCAACGAAGAAGCUGAACUCCAAACGGACUCCAAAGAUGGCUCUUCGGGGAACAUCGAAAGCGAGUGGAAACCUGUCGACCAACUCCAAACAGAACCGAGUGACUUAUCAGAUGAGUAUUUAUUAACAGAUCCGGGAGUUUUAUGUGAUUACUUCAAUUCUGAUAAUCUCGAACCAAUAUUGUUUGAUGAAACGAGGUUACCUGAAAACCAUAUGGAACUUGAUUAUGCUGAUAUUUCUGUAGAACUAGGCGUCGAUUUCGGGUCUUGUACGUGGGAUGUCGAUAAUUAUUAUUAG